AUGGAAUCGUUCGGCAGGGAAAUUGAAUGUCUUCAGAGUCCAUCGGGCCCUGUUGCAUACGACGCGUUUCGGUGUCAAUUUCCUGGCUGCAAUGCCACAUACCAGCGUAGAGAGCAUCUAAGCCGCCACGAAAGGUCGAAACACAUCAAGAAACAGGCUAUUAUUUGUUCUAGAUGUGGUCAUAACGUUCAAUUUAGUGAUACCCUUCGACGUCAUAUUCAGAGGCAGCACCAUAUAAACGAGCCUCUAAAUCGCGCCCGCCAGGCUUGUGCGGGUUGCCAUGCGGUCAAGACUCGGUGCGAAGGGGGCGCUCCAUGCCGGGAGUGCGUUCGUCGCAACAUUAAAUGUUCUUUCCAAAACUCUACUAGUAUUGCAGCAGAGCAACAAAUACGAUCAUCGACCCAAACUCCGUCACCCUUAGAAUCCGAUCAGGCGCGUUUAAGUCAUUGGGAGAAGAGAAAACAGUAUAUUGAUUGUUAUUUUGAGAUAUUCCAUCCGCGUUGGCCCUUCAUGCACAGAGGCACGUUCAAUUUGGGCCAAGAACCUCCAUUACUUCUACAGUCAAUGAUAGCUAUAGGCAUGUGGAUAACCGGAGAACAGUCGGCGCAAUCUGCGGCAGUAGAGCUGUCUGGUAAACUUGACUUUUCAAUUCGAGAUCAAACGGAGAAAUGGAAUGCCUCAGAAGUGGAGGGUGUCUCCAGCGCCUGCCCUUGGCCAAUGGCCACUUACCAGGCUAUCUUACUACAUCUUAUUCUUUCUGUUAUCAUGAAGGCUAACAGUGUGAUCAACCUCGACCUCAGAGCUUCUAUCUCCCCUGCCGAUUUAGGAUUACUCAAAUCGCUUGUUGAGAGCUGUCGAAGAUUAGGAAUGUUCUUUUAUCCAAACAUGCUCUCCAAGUACAAAGAUACUGAUCUACCUUCGUUUGUCUGGGUUGGUGUUGAGGAAGUCAAACGUUUCAGUAUAGCACUUUAUAGGUUUUGUGCGAAAGUGCGCAGCUUUAGUUCGGAGGACAGGCCUCUACUGCAUGCGAGUGAACUCCGAUUCCCUCUUCCAAGCAAUGAUGCCUUGUGGAAUUCUGCUGGAAGACAUGAAUGGGAAGCAAAUGCGAAAGAGGAGAAUUCUGUUUCCUUUAACGAUGACCUCCAGGCAAGGUGGAUCUCGAAGUAUACAGAUAUAAUAGACGUUCUUGAUUUCUGA